UACACCUGACCACAGAACACCAUCAUGGUGAAAAUAACAAAAGCAUCCAAUUUUCUCAUUUAACAUGAGGGUAUGCUGUGACAAAAAUAAUAUUUUGCAAAGAGAAUUAUAUUUAUAAAUUAGGGAAAUAAAGGUACUUAACAUAAACCAGCAAAACUGCCAAGAAUGCUGGGAAGCUGUCUGGGCAAAGAUUUUUCAGUCUGUAGGACUUUUCCAGAUCUUUAACUGGAUUUACAUGAGUAACCAAGGAUUAUACAAAAAAUAGGAAUUGUUCCUAGAUACAUAUGAGCAAUUUUAACAAAUAAUUAAAGUAAACGAAAAAGUGUUAUGUUUUACAGUGCAGUGUCCUCAACCUUUACUGGAGGUUGGAGAUAUUGUAGAUGAAGUUUGGCGAGGCUCACUUGAUGAACAGUACAGUGAUCCUGCUCUCCUAUCAGGUGCAAUCAGGAGGCCACGCCUAUUAGAGUCUCUCAGACUUAAGUGAAGUGCAGGUGAAUGCAGACAGCGAAGGGAAACGAGGAGGGAGCAACAAAAGAGCCUUGUACAGCAUGCUAACACACUGAAGGACUAAUUCUGGACAAUCACGGGCUACUAAUGGAUUGUGAGUGUGAGGGGAUUACUUUUUAAAUAAAUUGUUUGUUGGAUGAUUUUCUUCUUGCAUAAUCUGUUAUACUGCUCACAGUGAUUGGCUGUGAUUAGAAAACAGCAAAUUUCUUCUAAGAUUCUUCACGAGGGCUUAUACCGUGGAUGAGAAGAUGGGCUUUUUGUCUUACAUCAGGCCAGUUUUUGCCAUUUACAUAUCUUGUGCAGUGCUGGCAUUGCUCGCUUUUGGAACUACCACAGAGGUUUCACCGAAACCAGCAACUACUAAGCCUCCAUAUAAAUCUACAGCACUUGGGCCAAUAAAUACUGUUCCUAAGGUGUUUCCUGAACCAGAGAAGACCUACCUCCCCCUGUUCACCAUCAAUUACCCUCGUGUUCAGAUUCCUUUUGAGAUUACAUUAUGGGUGUUGCUGGCUUCAUUUGCGAAAAUAGGUUUUCAUGUGUACCAUAAGAUCACAAUUUGGGUUCCAGAGACCUGCUUGCUGAUUGCUAUUGGCCUUAUUGUGGGAGCCAUUAUGUACUCUGUGCAUGAACAGCCUCCAGCCGUCCUCACCUCCAGCAUCUUCUUCCUCUACAUGCUGCCUCCCAUUGUCCUUGACUCGGCUUACUUCAUGCCCACUCAGGCCUUCUUUGAGAACAUGGGCACAGUGCUGUGGUUUUCCAUUGUAGGCACAUUGUGGAACUCCAUCGGUGUUGGAAUCUCUCUUUAUGGUGUGUGUCAGAUCCAGGCCCUUGGGGUUCAGGACAUCAACCUGCAGGAAAACCUGCUCUUUGCCUCCAUCAUCUCAGCUGUGGAUCCAGUGGCAGUGCUCACUGUUUUUGAAGAUGUGAACAUCCAUGAGCAGCUUUACAUUGUGGUGUUUGGCGAAUCCCUAUUUAAUGAUGCUGUCACUGUGGUGCUGUAUAAUCUCUUCAACCACGUGGCGGAACUGCCAGUGGUGGACGCUACAGAUGUACUGCUGGGAGUGGUGCGUUUUUUUCUGGUGGGCAUAGGUGGAAUGCUCUUUGGUUUCGUGUUUGGCUUUGUGGCAGCUUUCACCACACGCUUCACGAAGAAGGUGAGAGAGAUCGAGCCCCUUUUCAUCUUCAUGUAUAGCUACCUGGCCUAUCUGCUGGCUGAGCUUAUCUCCAUCUCCAGCAUCAUGGCCAUUGUGACCUGUGCCUUGACCAUGAAGUACUACGUGGAAGAGAAUGUGUCCCAGCGCUCGUGCACCACUAUUCGUCAUGUCAUCAAAAUGCUUGGCACAGUGUCAGAGACACUCAUCUUCUUCUUCCUGGGUGUUGUUACCAUAACAACUGAUCAUGAGUGGAACUGGGGUUACAUCCUCUUCACUCUGAUGUUUGCCCAAAUCUGGAGAAGCCUGGGCAUCGUGGUCCUAACACAGAUCAUUAACCCUUUCCGCACCAUUCCGUUUAACUUUAAAGACCAGUUUGGUCUUGCCUAUGGUGGUCUUAGAGGGGCAAUAACAUUUGCCUUGGUCUACACUCUUCCAGACACUAUUGUGCAAAAAAAACUUUUUGUCACAGCCACAAUUGUCAUCAUCAUCUUCACAGUCUUCAUCCAGGGUGUCAGUAUAAGGCCAAUUAUUGAACUGAUGAAUGUUCGUAAGACCAACCGGAAUCUAGGCACCAUCAAUGUUGAGAUCCACUCAAGGCUGAUGGAACAUAUCAUUGCGGGUGUAGAGGAUUUGUGCGGACAAUGGAGCCACCAUUCCUUGAAAGAUAAGUUUAUGAGGUUUAAUAACCGUUACAUUCGUAAGAUUUUGAUCCGUGAUGACCGCCCUGAGUCAAGUAUUGUUGCGCUGUAUAAGAAGUUGGAGCUUCAGAAUGCCAUGGAGGUUUUGGACACAAUUUCUGGUGAUAUCAGUGCAGCACCUUCGCUCAUCUCAUUGCAUGAGGAGAAGACUUCUAAGAGUUCUUCUAAACCUAAGAAACCAUUCUUGGCAUCUGAUCUGAUAGCCAUGCAUGAAAUCCUGUCAAAGAACAUGUACAAGAUCAGAGAGCGGACAGUGUCCUACACCAAUAAGCAUGCCCUGCCCAAUGACAGCAGAGCCAGAGAGAUCCUGGUCAGGCGGCACACCAGUAUCCGACGUAGCCUCAGAGCUAGAAGCUUCCAAGGCUCAGAAGCGAUGAGAUCCCAGAAGUACUUUUCUCUGCCUCUGGGUCAGAGUCUGGACUACAGAUCUGCUGCAGAGAGAUUCUGUCACAAUGGCGAUGGUGACACUGCCUUCGAACUCAGCUCUUGGUCAGCCAGACCCAGGUCUAAACAGCCUCGGCUCUCCUCAUCCAGGACAACGAGACUGGACACUCUCACAGAGGUGCACUCUGUGGCUAGUGUUGAGGAUGAAGUGAGGGAAGAGCAGAGGGGACCUGGGCCAUCCCACGUGAGCUCCAGUUCCACUGACUCCAGACCGCGAGCUCCACACCAGCGCUACGGAUCAUCAGGCAAGCUUAGCAUUGUAGACAGUGAUGCCGAGGCUGAAGAACAGCAGCCCGUACCUCCUCCAUCAGCAUGGAUUCCGGAGCCCCCUGACCAGGGCAGCAGUGGUCCACAGAAUCCUCUGCUACGAAGAGCUCAGUGGAAGCCACAAGAUCAGUAAGGCAUGUAGAGCUGUGAGUGGCAUAGGAAUUCAAGCAGGAUGUUGUGGUUGGUAUGUUGUUACUCUGACAAAAGAGGUGAAGAGGUCCACACUGGGCUUUUUGGAUUUAUAAAAAACCUUUUUUAUGCAUGUUUAUUUUUUUGCAGUAUAUAAAAUAAUCAGUUUAUAUAUUUUUUAUACCAUUCACUAAUUAAAAUCAUUAGAAAUCAGAAAACAUUGGUAUUAGAAAUCCUGAAAAAAGACCUAUAUGUAGUUGGGAUAAACAGGUCUGGAAAACAUUCUGCAACCAGUUUAAAUUUAACUCUUGAUUUGCUGUA